UGAUGGCAUCCUUUCUCCUGCCAAGCCAACCCGUUUUCUAAAAACCCCUUUUAGGAAGGGUAGAGAUUUUCAUUCUGUUGGAGAAUAUAACCCUGGUGGUUGCUUGCACAGAGGGGAAAAGGAGAGGAAUACGGGAAUCGUCCUGUGCAAUCUAUUGUUUGAAACUUACUUUAUAUCAGAAAUUGAAGAUGAAAACGGAAAAGAAGUGGAGCAAGUUCAGUAACUGUUCAGUCUAACAUCUUACAGUAUCUUAAGGAAUCUUACAAAUACUUAUUUUAAAUUGAGAAAAUGACUGCAGAUGUAGAAGAAGGUACAGGUUGUUGGAAAAGAAUACCUGUCAAAAAGUGGAACAUCUAGUUAAUUUGGAAAUAGUAUGAAAUAAAUAUACUUGUUAUGGUGCGAUUCUGGAGUGGAGUUAACUCUGUUUCACACAGGUAGCUCUUCAAAGAGAAAAAAACCUACAAACUUUCUGUUUUUCUAAAUUAUGGAAAUUAUUUGGAAGACGUGGACAUGGAUUUUGAGCCUAGUCAUGGUUUCAUCGGAAUUUCAGAGUGACAGCAGGCUUUCAUAUAGUUCACAAGAGGAAUUCCUGUCUUACCUUGAACACUACCAACUAACAAUCCCAGUAAGGGUUGAUCAAAAUGGAGCCUUCCUCAGCUUUACUGUGAAAAAUCCUAAACCCUCAAGAAGGAGGAGGAGCGCAGACCUUUAUGAUCAAGAACUGGCAGCAUCUAAAUUAUUUUUUAAACUCUCUGCAUAUGGGAAGCACUUUCAUUUAAACCUGACUCUCAACACAGAUUUGGUGUCCAGACAUUUUACAGUAGAAUACUGGGGGAAAGACGGACCGCAAUGGAAGCACGAUUUUUUAGACCACUGUCAUUACACAGGAUAUUUGCAGGAUCAGCACAGUACAACUAAAGUGGCCUUAAGCAACUGCAACGGUCUGCAUGGAGUCAUUGCUACAGAAGAUGAAGAGUAUUUUAUUGAGCCUUUAAGAAAUGUAACAGAAGAUUCUAGAAAUUCUAAUUAUGAGAACGGUCAUCCUCAUGUUAUAUACAAAAAAUCUACCAUGCACCAACAACAUCUCUAUGAUCACAGUCACUGUGGAGUCUCAGAAGACCUCACAAGAAGAGGUAAACCUUGGUGGAUGAGUGAUGCCUCUGCUUUUCCAGCUUCGCUCCCAGUCAGUGACACGUUAAGUGGUCAUAGUCGACAGAAGAGAUCAGUGAGCCUGGAACGCUUUGUGGAGACGCUGGUGGUCGCAGACAAAAUGAUGGUGGGAUACCAUGGUCGCAAAGACAUUGAACACUACAUUUUGAGUGUAAUGAAUAUUGUUGCCAAACUUUAUCGUGAUUCCAGUCUAGGAAACGUUGUGAAUAUUAUAGUGACACGUUUAAUUGUCCUCACUGAAGAUCAGCCAAACUUGGAGAUAAACCACCAUGCAGACAAGUCCCUCGAUAGCUUCUGUAAGUGGCAGAAAUCCAUUCUCUCCCACCAAAGUGAUGGAAACACCAUUCCAGAAAAUGGGAUUGCCCACCAUGAUAAUGCGGUUCUUAUUACUAGAUAUGAUAUCUGCACUUACAAAAACAAGCCAUGUGGAACACUAGGCUUGGCCUCUGUGGCUGGAAUGUGUGAGCCUGAAAGGAGCUGCAGCAUUAAUGAAGACAUUGGCCUAGGUUCAGCUUUUACCAUUGCACAUGAGAUUGGUCACAAUUUUGGAAUGAACCAUGAUGGAAUUGGAAAUUCCUGUGGGACCAAAGGUCAUGAAGCAGCAAAGCUAAUGGCAGCUCAUAUUACAGCAAACACCAACCCUUUCUCUUGGUCAGCCUGCAGUCGGGAUUACAUCACCAGUUUUUUAGAUUCGGGCCGUGGUACUUGCCUUGAUAAUGAGCCUCCCAAGCGUGACUUUCUUUAUCCAGCUGUGGCCCCAGGUCAGGUGUAUGAUGCUGAUGAACAGUGUCGCUUCCAGUAUGGAGCAACAUCCCGUCAAUGUAAAUAUGGGGAAGUGUGUAGAGAGCUCUGGUGCCUCAGCAAAAGUAACCGCUGUGUUACCAACAGCAUUCCAGCAGCUGAAGGUACUCUUUGCCAAACAGGGAGCAUUGAAAAGGGGUGGUGUUAUCAGGGAGAGUGCGUACCUUUUGGCACUUGGCCCCAGAGCAUAGAUGGGGGUUGGGGUCCGUGGUCAAUAUGGGGAGAGUGCAGCAGGACCUGCGGGGGAGGAGUCUCCUCAUCUAUAAGACACUGUGACAGUCCAGCGCCUUCAGGUGGAGGCAAAUACUGUCUUGGAGAAAGGAAGCGGUAUCGGUCUUGUAAUACUGAUCCAUGUCCUUCAGGGGCCCGUGAUUUUCGAGAAAAGCAAUGUGCGGAUUUUGACAAUAUGCCUUUCCGGGGAAAGUAUUAUAACUGGAAACCCUACACUGGAGGUGGGGUUAAACCAUGUGCAUUAAACUGCUUGGCUGAAGGUUAUAAUUUUUACACUGAACGUGCUCCUGCAGUAAUAGAUGGGACUCAGUGCAAUGCUGAUUCAUUGGAUAUCUGUAUCAAUGGAGAAUGCAAGCAUGUAGGUUGUGAUAAUAUUUUGGGGUCUGAUGCUAAGGAAGAUAGAUGCCGUGUUUGUGGAGGAGAUGGGAGUACAUGUGAAGCCAUUGAAGGUUUCUUCAAUGACUCAUUGCCCAGAGGAGGCUACAUGGAAGUGGUUCAAAUUCCAAGAGGUUCUGUGCACAUUGAAAUAAGAGAAGUGGCAAUGUCAAAGAACUACAUUGCUUUAAAAUCUGAAGAGGAUGACUACUAUAUUAAUGGUGCCUGGACUAUUGACUGGCCAAGGAAGUUUGAUGUUGCUGGAACAGCUUUCCAUUACAAGAGGCCAACAGAUGAACCAGAGUCUUUGGAAGCACUAGGCCCUACUUCAGAAAAUCUCAUAGUCAUGAUUCUGCUACAGGAACAAAAUUUGGGUAUAAGAUAUAAAUUCAAUGUUCCCAUCUCUCGCACUGGCAGUGGAGACAAUGAAGUUGGCUUUGCAUGGAAUCAUCUACCUUGGUCAGAAUGUUCUGCCACUUGUGCUGGAGGUGUGCAGAAACAAGAGGUGGUGUGUAAAAGGCUGGAUGACAACUCCAUUGUACAAAACAAUUACUGUGACCCUGACAGUAAGCCUCCAGAAAACCAAAGAGCCUGCAACACUGAGCCUUGCCCUCCUGAGUGGUUUAUAGGAGACUGGUCAGAAUGCAGUAAGACCUGUGAUGGAGGAAUGCGUUCACGAACAGUUCUCUGUAUCAGAAAGAUUGGACCUUCUGAGGAGGAGACACUGGACAAUACCAACUGUUUAACACACCAGCCCAUUGAAAAAGAGCCCUGUAACAAUCAGUCCUGUCCCCCACAGUGGGUUGCUUUGGACUGGUCAGAAUGCACACCAAAGUGUGGCCCAGGAUUCAAGCACCGAAUUGUUCUGUGCAAAAGCAGUGAUCUUCUAAAAACCUUCCCAGCUGCACACUGCCCAGAGGAAAGCAAGCCGCCCGCCCGCAUCCGCUGCAGCUUAGGCCGAUGUCCUCCUCCUCGCUGGGUUACUGGAGACUGGGGACAGUGUUCUGCACAGUGUGGUCUUGGGCAACAGAUGAGAACAGUACAGUGCCUCUCAUACACUGGACAAGCAUCCAGUGAGUGUCCAGAAACAGUUAGACCUCCAUCAAUGCAGCAGUGUGAAAGUAAAUGUGACAGUACUCCCAUUUCCAACACAGAAGAGUGCAAAGAUGUGAACAAAGUGGCAUAUUGCCCACUGGUGCUGAAGUUCAAGUUCUGCAGUCGAGCAUACUUCAGACAGAUGUGCUGCAAGACCUGCCAAGGACACUGACCCACAGCAAGCACAAGAAUGUGCCUUGUUAC